GGCUCCAACUCAUCAGACAUGUCUUCCAACUCGGCCAACGCGGGCAACAGCCCUCCUAGUAUUGGAGAUAGGAGACGGUCGAGCGGCCAUGGCCCCUCGAGCCUGUUCGAGAGUUUGACAAGCCAGAAGCGCAACUCUACGGACCAGACGUUCAAUACACGUCGCGAAAGCUGGAAUGAGCAGGGUCAGCAAGGUGGAUUCUUCUCGAAGUGGUGGGAUGGAUAUACGAGAGGUGGUAAAUAGUUUCAAGUAAUCAUGCCUGUGAUGCGUUGCUAGUUUGGGACAUGCAUCAAAAGAUUAUGAGGGAUCUCUGCAACCGUGAUUUGAGAAUUCGAAUGAGGAUAGCGGGUAGGAAGCGUGAGAUAUACUGAUGUUAUCUGGAUGACAAAGUUUGAUUGCAUGUACGUAUGAUGAAAGUUAUGAAAUGUCAAUAAAUCUGG